AUGCGGAAUCCGCUCCUGGUGGAACUGGGGGAGAUGGGCGUCCGCUGCCAAGCGUUUGCUGACGAUGUGGUUCUGAUGUUCUCGGGCAACAGCACCGCGGACAUACAAGGUGCCGCCAAUGUGGCCCUCGACCAUGUUCAGGGGUGGGAAGUUCGUAAUAAGCUAAAGUUUGCGGCCCACGAGACCCGGGCCAUGGUAUUUACCAGAAAGCUAAAAUACGACUCCCCACGUCUGAGCAUGGGAGGGGGACACAUUGAGCUGGUCACCAGUCUGAAGAUCUUGGGGUUGACAGUUGACGAUAGGCUCACUUUUAACAAGCACAUACAAAAUGUAGCAAUAAAAGUGCAAAAGCUCUAUCGUCAACUGUCAACCGCCGCAAGGAUAUCGUGGGGGCUGAACCCCGAGAUCAUCAAAACCAUAUACGUCGCAGUAGUGGAGCCCAUCGUCCUCUACGCCGCCAGCGUGUGGGCGCCGGCGGCACGGAAGAAGACUACUCAGAAGUUGUUAGACCGGGUGCAGCGCGGGUUUGCUCAAAAAAUCGUAAGGGACUAUAGGACGGUCUCUCUAAACGCUGCCGUAGCACUCGCUGGCCUGCUUCCUCUGGACCUACGGGUACAAGAAGCUGCCCUUCUUUACGAAGUAAAGAAGGGCCACAGCCAGCGAGUGCUGCGGGACCGAGAUUUGGAGACACCGACAAAGUACGAAGAGGCCGAGCACCCCGCCCGCCUGGAAGGGCUGCAGUUCGACUGCCUGACGGAAGGUGACGAAGUUGCCCAGCGAGCUACCGUCGAUGUAAGAAUUUACACCGACGGUAGCAAAAUUGACGGCAUAGUCGGCGCGGCGUUAUCCAUAUGGGAUGGCGCCGCGGAGACCUCCUGCCGGAAAUUAAAGCUGGGGAACUUCUGCACCGAAUAUCAGGCGGAACUGUAUGCCCUAUAUGAGGCCGUGAAAUUUGUUGUUAGGAGCCCCUCAAGGAGGUUUGGCAUUUACUCCGACUCCAGGUCCGCCCUAGAGUCUUUGCGUAGUAUCGAUUCCCUCCACCCCCUCGUAGGGGAAAUAAGGAGAAUGAUGAAAGGCUGUGUGGAAGUGGGGAAGGAAGUAAGAUUGAACUGGAUAAAAGCGCACGUGGGGGUGGAGGGAAACGAGAGGGCGGACCAACUUGCAAAACAAGCGGCAGUCGGAGUAAAAACCAAACCUUAUUAUGACAAAGUCCCUGUUUCAUUCGUCAAGCGACAACUCCGAUUGGACUCGCUUGACGAAUAG